AUGGAAAUUGUCAGAAUAGUUCAAUCAAACCCACCCCCAAAAGGCAUUCCAUUUCCCACAGUUAUUCCUUCUCCACGAAGUGUGAAAGACAAAAUUGCAAUUGUUGGCGCAGGCCCUGCAGGAAUUCAUAUGGCAUACUUGCUGAAGAAAAAAGGAUUUCAAAAUGUCGUUGUCUAUGAAAAGACAGAUCGCAUUGGUGGUAAAACCCUCACAGUUGAACACCGAAACACCAUUCAUGAAAUGGGAACAUGUUACGCGCAGCCAGAUUACGACGAGAACCUAAUUGCUAUGGCAAAAAAAUAUGGACUCUGGGAUCCAGUAGAACUACCUUCUGCUAACAUUUGGCCAGAUAAAUUUCCAGCCCCAAUUAAUUACUCUUCCUAUGUAAUUCCAGAAAUCAUGAAAAUUUUGAAAACAAGCAAUACGACAGUAGCCCAAAUAACAUUGUUUAAAGCCAUGGUCCAAUACUGCGCAUUACAUCGAAAUAUGUUUGGAAAGUAUGAGGGAGAAUUAAUGAGAGAACCUGAUCAACAGACAAUGGCAACCCUCAGGUGUACUUUUGAAGACUUUCUAAUGAAAAAUAACCUUUUAGUUUUGAAACCACUUUUCAUUCCAUCGCAUACAAUUCAAGGAUACGGCCAUUUGGAUGAGAUUUCCGCAUUGUACGGUCUCAUGUGGAACACGCCGGUUUAUGUUAAGGCAAUAGCUGCUAUGUCGAUUGGAGUACCGCGCGGUUUCUGCAUGAUUCGUUGCGGCUUUCAAAAGUUGUGGAAAACAGUAGUAGAAAAAGAAAAUAUCAAUGUUAUUUUAAACGCCGACAUCUUGAAAGUAAAGAGAUAUACCAAUUAUGUUUACCUUGACUUACAGUAUCGCCAUGCACGUCGAUGGCACCGAAAAAGAAUAUUUUUUAGUUUCCUUAUCUGGACCCCAAGUGUCUACACAACUCUUCGUAGACUGGAUGCUUGCCGUAAAGAGUGGAAUAUCUUCUCAAAACUUAAACCAGUUUGGUUUACUACAACACUUUUCUCCUCAACGUACGGAACCCGAGGUUACUCACCUAUCGACUACUGGCCAGAUAACGUCAAAAACAAACGUGAACAUUCGUUAUGGGGUCAACGAGAUUCAUUUGGCACACUCAACAACUAUCACGGAGAAGAUUACAAAAGUGGAUCCCUUCCUGGAGGACCUGACGGAAAGUUCAUUCGCACAGGCGUUGCUUAUCAAUAUGGGAAAAGAAAGCCUCGUAGCAAGUACUGGCUCGGAAAGAUUCUGACAAAAAACCUCCAAUCCACGAAUGCUUCGAACAUCAAGAUAAUACGACAAGAAAGUUGGGAAUAUUUUCCAAAGUUCUCUCCCGAUGACAUGGCUGAUGGUGCACUAUGGAAUAUUUUUAAAAUGCAAGGCAGCAGAAGUACAUGGUUUACAGGCUCAUCUGUUAACUUUGAGUCUGUCAAAAGUGUUUUUGAAUAUAACAAGUUAUUAGUUUCAAAAAUGAAAUACAUUUCUGCAUAA